ACGGGGGGCCGAGUCACGGGCAGGACCUCGAGGUGCCCUCGCCAGCCUCGGGGCCCCGGGCCAAAGAGCGGCUUCUUUCCCGUCCCCUUCACCCACCGUCCUCCCCUGGGAAGGCAGAGCGAAUCCCUGCCGGCCUCGGCUCUCCCGGGCCCUCCGCGGCUCCUUCCCUCUCCCCGAGCGAGGCCACUCGGAGCCGCAAAAGAAAGGCCGAAAGCGGCCCUGGAGGGGCUCCGAAGGGGCCGGAGGGUCCCAGGGCGGCCCGACCCUUCCCGGCGGCCUCCUCGCAGAAGAGGUGCCACACAGAGGCUGCCCCGCGGCCCAAGGGGGCAGCCCAGCCUCCGUCUCCCGCUCUGGGGCGCCCCGGCCGGCUUGGUGCUCCCCAAGGAGAGGUGGGCGUGCCCAGGACGGCCUGGCUCGGGGCAGGGGCGGGAAGGAAACAUCCCGGUCGGGAGGCGGAGGUGGAGGCGGGCAGACCGGUCGGGUCGGGUUUUUUAGGGCUUCCCUGGGCCCAGCCGCAGUCCGGCGGGGCCCAGGAGGCGGCUGGCACCAGGAGGGAGCGGAGGGCCCUGCUGAAGCUGCCCACCACCAGGGAGGGGGCCGACCGGACAAGGCCCUCGGCUGCGGGCGCUGCUGGGACGAUGCCCUCCAAGGGCCACGCUCGCUUCCGGCCAGAUCACUCUGUCGACCCCGAGACGUGUCCGGGGAAAGGAGUCCAUCACCAGCGGCGCCAGGAUGUCUCAUCUUCUCGGCCUCCGGCUCCGGCCUCUGCCCAUCAUACCCACAGGUCAUGCCCAGGGAAUCCCCGGGCCAGGCCGCCUUCCUUCCAGGCCCCCAGAAAUGGAGGCUAUUGGCUUAGGCAGCCAAGUACCGCCUCCCCGCCCCCCAAGGCAGCGCCCCUGCGGCACCGGCACUGUCUGGGUGAAGACCGUGCCCAGGGCUGCCCGGUGGGCAAAGGCCACAAGACAGCACGCGGCCGUCCGCCACCGGAAAGCGCUCCCCCUCCUGCUGCCGUCUCGAACCCAGGCUUGCCCCCAUAUCCGAAGGCUGACGGCGUCCCAGAAGCCCCGGGGCCCAGCCUUGCCCGGCCCUUCCCGGCCCUCGGAGCCUGUAGCUCUGGCUCCUUCUCUGGUGACAUAGUGACGGAGGAUGACAUCUACUGCAACUGCCUGUCAAAGACGCUGUGCCACGUGCCCACGCCUGUGACCGUGGGUUUCUACGCCCCCUUCGGCUGUCGGCUGCACAUGAUGCUGGAUAAGAUCACAGCUCUCAUGCAGAAGGAGGCGGCCCAGCAGGAGGCGGAGCUGCUGCAGCAGGUGCAGUGGAAGCCGCGGCCGGUGCGGGGCUGGGGCUUCCCGCGCCUGCUCUGGUACCUGGUCUUCUACCAGCCCGUCAUCACGGAGCUGCACCUGCGCCGGAAGAACGUGCAGUUCCUGUUCGUCCGCUUCAGCGCCUGGCAGUACGCGGGCACCGACAAGCUGUGGGCCGGGCUCGUGACCACCCUGUGCGAAGGCAUCCGCACCCACUACGGGGCGCUGCCCUUCAGCCUCUACACGGUGCUGGGCAACAAGCCGGCCGUGGCCCCGGACUUCUGCCAGCGCGAGUGGCACUGCCGCCGCCGCGUGUGCCUCAUCAUCUUGGCGCUGGCGGCGGCGCUGGCGCUGGGCAUCGGCCUCCUCUACCUGUCCUUCAGCGGCAGGGGCCCCGGGCGCGAGGCGGCCGCCCACGGCAGCCUGCUCAAGGCGUUCGGCGGGGCGGCCACCACGCUGUCGGGCUCCGGGCUGCUCAUGGCGCUCUACCAGGUGGGCAAGCACGUGUUCGUGAGCCAGCGCAAGAAGAUCGAGCGGCUGGUGAGCCGCGAGAAGUUCGGCAGCCAGCUGGGCUUCAUGUGCGAGGUCAAGAAGGAGGUGGAGCUGCUCUGCGACUACCUGCGCUUCCUGGAGGUGUUCCAGCGGCGGCGCCUGCGCAUCGUGCUCGAGGUCACGGGCCUGGACACGUGCUACCCCGAGCGCGUGGUGGGCGUGCUCAACGCCAUCAACACGCUGCUGUCCGACAGCCACGCGCCCUUCAUCUUCAUCCUCGUCGUGGACCCGCACAUCCUGGCCUCGUGCCUCGAGAGCGCGGGCUCCAUGAAGGGCGUGGCCGACAACGGCUACCUCUUUCUCAACCGCACCGUCACGCUGCCCUUCUCGGUGCCCAUCAUGGGCCGCCGCACCAAGCUGCGCUUCCUGGAGGAUGCCGUGCAGAGCCGUGACGACCUGCUCUACCGGGCCAUCACCCGGCAGCUGAGGGGCAGCCAGAAGGGGCCUCCCGAGGCCGAGGCCAUCGAACUGCUCGGGGUGGAGGUGGCGGCCGCGGGUGGGGCCGGGCCGGGAGCCGGGGGGCAGGAGCAGGGUGGCAUCGAAGCCGAGGCCAGCCAGCGGAUCCAGGAAGCCCUGUUCUGCCUGCACAAUGAGCAGGACUGCCUGUACGAAUACAUCCCCGACAACGUGGUGUCCAUGCGGCGCAUCGUGAACACGGUGCCCAUCACUGUGAGGCUGCUGCAUGAGCACCAGGCCCGGGGUGGUGUCAUGAGGCCCACGCCCAGGCAGGCUGUGGCCUGGGUGGUCCUGGCCAACCAGUGGCCCUGCAGGCUCAGCUGGGCCCUCCAGUGCUUGGAAGACAGGCAGCAGGUGGAGGGCGGGCCGGACCCACAGGCCCAGCUGUGGGGCAUCUUCCAGGACAAUUCCCGGGAGCUCCACACCAUGACCAAGGCUUUGCAGAACGUGGUGGACCUGGACGGGGACCCAGAACUCUUUGCCCGCUUCCUGGGUGUAGACUUCCCUUUUACUGUGGCAGAGGCUCAAAGCCUGCUCUACUGUACGGUCAACCUGGACCACUCCAUCCGGCGCCGGAUGGGGCUCAUCCGGAGUGUCCGGGCCCUCAACCCGCCAGGCGACCCUCACAACUCUGAGAAGCCGCCCUCCCACCCUCGGGACGGGGCCAACCACACUGGCAAGCCUAGUGCGGUCUCUUGAAUUUGGGGAGGUGGAGGCAGGAGGAAGGUGGAAGGAGUGUCUCCAAUGCUGCCAAGAACUGCAGUCAGGGCCCUUCAGCCACAGGCAGCGGUCGGGGACCCUCUGUCCCGCCUCCUUCCUGUGAGGGGCAGGCUCUGGCCGCCCCAGGCAAUCGGAGUUUGGCCACAGGACUCGGGCAGCCACUGGGCUCCCAUCCAAACCCUUGAAGCAGUGUUAUCCCAAUCCUAGCUCAGGCGAGGCAGCAUGUGUGCAUGCGCCUGUGCAUCCCGGCAAGCGGCUAAUCUCAGUGCAAUAAAGACGUGUCCCAGUCA